AAAAUAUACGAGGAGGGUGUAAAAAAAAAAGGUUAAUUUUGGUGAGAGUUCUUUUACAUGUCAGGAAAUGUUAUAUGUUGGGUCAAGUGUCCAUGAGGCCAUAAGAAAGAAAACCGACAACCAUGAAGAGGUCCAACCUUGGAUUUUUGUAGAAUAAACCAGAUUAUAUAUCACAUCAAUUAUCACUUUUGUCUCACGGUAAGAUUCUCUCAAUUUUAGAUAGAUUAACUCUUUUACAGCUCCGUUUUUUGGCUUGAACGGGCUGGAGCUUUAAAGACAUUACUCAUCAAUUGUAAAUCUUCUGGUCAUCCUGUUUGAUGAGUUGCCUGGAAGGACCAAAGCUUUAGAAAUAUGACCCACUAGAGGCAUUUGGUAUGGUCCGGAAUUGUCCGGACAGAGCGGGGGCUUUGGAGAUAUAAUCCAUGAGAUGGAACCCAUGGGGGCAUCUUGUUCGGUGAGUGCUCGUUGAGUGCUUGGAGGAGAGGUGCUUUUUUUUAAGUAUAAAGCAUGUUUUUGUAGUUUUUGGAGGGGUGAUUAGAUGUGCUUAAAAUAUAUUGUAUUUAAAAAAAAAAACCAUCACACCUUCAAAUCAAACACCCUCGCGAAGAUGGGUGACCUGUGGUUCCUAGCUAGGUGAUCAGCCAAGGUGCAACUCAAGAUUCGAUACUCUUAUGCGACAGGACAGGACUUUAGGAAUCUUGUGUAAUUUCCUGUAUAGUAAUAAUAAUCAAUGAUUGAUGGAGCUUAUACGACAGCAAUGCAAAAACAAUGCAGGUGCAAGAGAAAUCUGUCACACGUUGCUAAAGAGAUGCACCCAUUUGAACAAACUCAAUGAAGGGAAGAUUAUUCAUGCCCUUCUUCUCAAUUCCAGAUUCAGAGACGAUCUUGUUAUGCAAAACACCCUUCUCAACUUGUAUGCGAAAUGUGGUGAUUUGGUUUAUGCACGUAAACUGUUUGAUGAAAUGUCUAGUAGAGAUGUUGUCACUUGGACUGCUUUGAUUACUGGGUAUUCUCAACAUGAUAGGCCGCAGGAUGCGCUUCUUUUGCUCCCUGAAAUGCUAAGGAUUGGAUUGAAACCCAAUCAGUUCACUUUGGCUAGUUUGUUGAAGGCGGCUUCUGGGGUUGGGUCUACUGAUGUUUUGCAGGGUAGGCAGCUUCAUGGGCUUUGUUUAAGGUACGGUUAUGAUUCGAAUGUGUAUGUGAGUUGUGCUAUUUUGGAUAUGUAUGCUAGGUGCCAUCAUUUGGAGGAAGCCCAGUUGAUAUUUGAUGUUAUGGUGAGCAAAAAUGAGGUUUCUUGGAAUGCUUUGAUUGCUGGCUAUGCUAGGAAGGGUCAAGGAGACAAGGCUUUUUGUUUGUUCUCGAACAUGCUGAGGGAGAAUGUUAAACCUACUCACUUUACCUAUUCUAGUGUUCUUUGUGCUUGUGCUAGCAUGGGGUCAUUGGAGCAAGGGAAAUGGGUUCAUGCCCUUAUGAUAAAAUGGGGUGAAAAGCUAGUAGCUUUUGUUGGAAACACUUUGCUUGACAUGUAUGCAAAAUCAGGCAGCAUUGAGGAUGCAAAGAAAGUUUUUGAUAGGUUGGCAAAACGGGAUGUUGUUUCUUGGAAUUCAAUGCUUACUGGAUAUUCUCAACAUGGACUUGGGAAGGUAGCUUUACAAAGGUUUGAAGAAAUGCUGAGGACUAGAAUUGCUCCUAAUGAUAUAACAUUCUUGUGUGUUCUUACUGCUUGUAGCCAUGCGGGCCUUUUGGAUGAAGGACGUCAUUAUUUUGACAUGAUGAAGAAAUACAAUGUAGAGCCACAAAUUUCACAUUAUGUCACAAUGGUUGAUCUUCUUGGUCGAGCUGGACAUCUUGAUCGAGCCAUACAAUUCAUAAGUGAAAUGCCAAUUAAACCCACUGCUGCUGUCUGGGGAGCGUUGCUGGGUGCUUGUAGGAUGCAUAAGAAUAUGGAGUUAGGUGGUUAUGCAGCUGAAUGUAUUUUUGAACUGGAUUCUCACUAUCCAGGUACCCAUGUAUUGCUCUAUAAUAUAUAUGCAUUAGCUGGUAGAUGGAAUGAUGCUGCUAAAGUGAGAAAAAUGAUGAAAGAAAGUGGAGUGAAAAAGGAGCCUGCUUGUAGUUGGGUAGAGAUGGAGAAUGAAGUCCACGUGUUUGUGGCAGAUGAUGAUGCCCACCCACAGAGAAGAGAGAUCCAUAAUAUGUGGGAGCAGAUUAGUGAUAAGAUUAAGGAAAUUGGUUAUGUUCCAGACAGUAGCCACGUGCUUUUGUGUAUGGACCAGCAGGAGAGGGAAGCAAAGUUGCAGUACCAUAGCGAGAAGCUUGCUCUAGCUUUUGCACUUCUCAACACACCUCCUGGAUCCACAAUCCGCAUCAAGAAGAAUAUCAGAAUUUGUGGUGAUUGCCAUUCAGCAUUCAAGUUUGUGUCCAAGCUGGUGGAAAGGGAAAUCAUUGUCAGAGAUACCAAUCGGUUUCAUCAUUUUUGUGAUGGCGCCUGUUCAUGUGAGGACUACUGGUAGUGCUGGAUGUCAAGAAAUAACCUAUUGAAUUAUGAAGGUACAGUGAUAAAUUAAUGUGGUUGUUAGUCUUUUGAACUUGAUGGGAAUAGACUAGACAUUUACGUUCUUCAUCUCCGAACAAGGAAGAGGAAUCCUUGGCAUUUGUUCUCCACUGGCAGCGUAAGGAGAAAUUACUUGAGCUGCUAGGAAACAUUUAUUCUCCUAUGACAAUCCAAGUCACAUAACAUAUCUAGGCAGAGCAAGGUGGGGGUGGAUGGGGUUGUGUGCAAAUUAUAGGAUCGAACUCGCGGAAAGACAUCAAGAGUAUGUGUUGGGUAAUGAAUGCAAGAGCACAGACACAACACGGUUCUCAUUCAAACAGUGCAAACUCCUAGCUGCUCUUUGAUGAUGAUACCAUGACAAACUUCGUGAAGAAAGUUCAAGUGGACUGCUAUAACACCCUUAGUUGAAACAGAUCAGGGAAUUUACUUACAUGAAUCACAAGAAGAGAAUCUGCGAGAAGAGAUUGACCAAAACAAAAGAAGAGUAGAGAGGGAAAGAGAGAGAGCAGCAAGAGAAUCUGCAGAAAGUGAUCGAGUAACAUUAUCUUUAUCUGGGACCAGCGAAUUUCAGGCAUAAUGUUCUGUACGUCCAUUUAACUUUGCUGUGCUUGUGAUGGAUUGAACACUGCUUGAAAAGAAAGGUGCACUUCUCCUCAGAAAUGAAAUGUUCCAGCAUCAUAUCAGGACUCAAUUUCUGCCUGCAGCAUCAUAAAAAAUUAACAAGCAACAGGCACCAGGGUCUAAAAAUAGAGUAUAAAUAAAGAUUAGACGAAAGGAUGAGAUUUGAAGGAAGGGAGGGAGAAAGGAACGCAAAAGGAGGAAGCAACCCGUUUUUUUAAUUGUUGUGCCGUUUCUGCAGCUGUAAUAGAGGGAGAGAGAAACAAAAGAUGGUAGAAGGCGUGACAGAAGGGCGUGUAUAUUGUGAUUGUGGUAAAGACAGUUGCUUAAAAGGGCGUGGCGUGUGAGCAAAGCUUGAUCAUAUCAUCAAAAUAUUCUUUAGCUAACAACUCCAAGCACCACCAAAUACUCCCAUUUCAGAAAAGAUCAGGAGGUCCCCCUCCUUGAGCCCUCAAAGAGAUUCUGUAAAGUGAUCACAACACUAGUAGUUUCUUCUACGAAUGUCAGAAUACAUGGGAUUUUCAAAUCCUUUGGUAGAAAGUCUUGUGAUGCGGCCAUCUCUACAGAACAUACAUAGAAGAGAAGGAGAAGAGGUGAUGCGAGCGGGCUGGUCCGUAUCAAGGGGUGAAAGACUCCUCAAACAAAUGUACAAAAAUAAUGCAAGUUGAUCUUAGGCGCGCACACAGUGUAAGUAAUAACAUUAAAGGGAGAUCAAACAACCAUGAAAAGGACAACAGUGUUAGUAACAAUAUGCAGAUUGGGCAGGUUCCAAGUUAGAUAGAAGAUCCACAUCAGAUUAUUAUGUCUUUGUUGGAGGCAAUUUGGUUUCAUGGAAAAGUAAGAAUCAAAAUGUUGUGUCACGAUCGAGCGCAAAAUCAGAAUAUAGAGUCAUGGCAAAGUCUGUGUGUGAAAUAAUGUGGAUAUACCAGCUCUUAACUAAAGUAGGCCUCAAGGCUUCAGUACCGACAAAAUUAUGGUAUGAUAAUCAAGCUGAUUUUCAUAUUGCAUUUAAUCUUGUUGUCCAUGAACAAACUAAGCAAAUUGAAAUUGACUGUCAUUUCAUCCGUGAGAAAAUACAACAAGGUUUGAUUUCCACAGGGUAUAUGAAGAUUGAAGAACAAUUGGGGGAUAUUUUCACGAAAGCUCUAAACGGGGCUCGAGUUGAUUAUCUUUGUAACAAGUCGGGCAUGAUAAAUAUCUAUGCUCCAGCUUGAAGGAGAGUGUUGCAGGUUGUAAAUAGCACAUAAUUAGAAAAUAAUAUAGAGCCUAAUUAUUUCCUAAUAAAGGAUCCUAAUUGUAAGGAUUCUAAUUAGUCUACUUUUCUAUAUAGGGUUCCUAUCUUAUAUAUAAGGGAUAGAUUGAUCAAUAUAAAAGUAAGAGAGAAUAUUUGUUUUCUU